AUGAUACAAGUUAAACAAUAUAAAUAUGACUAUUUUAUAGUAGCUCGUAAGAAUUUUCAAAUCCUUCAAAACAAUCUUUUAUUAAUUCAAAAAAUAAACAAUAACUAUAAACCUACUAUAUUAUUAGUCUCAAAUGAUAUAACUCAAUCUAUGUUAUUACUAGCUUUCCGUGAGUAUAAAGCUACAAACGUUUUUAAUAAUAAAGAAAUAAUAUUAAAUAACACUAUUCAAUAG